CAAGCCCGCGGAUCCCCGCGAUCAGCUGAUCCCGCUGACAACAGCGGAGCGGGCGCAGGGCGGUGGCGGCGGGCGUCCCGGUCCUGCCCUCCCUGCCCCGCCGGGCGCCUCGCCUGCAUGCUCGGGGCCCGCCCCGUCCGCCGGGGGAAGAGAAGCGGGCGCCCCGCGGCCGCCGAGGCGGGGCGGAGGAAGCGGCGGCUGGGAGCCGACUCCUUGGUCACCGGGUGCAGGGGGAGGAAGGGGAAGGCGGGCGGCCGCGGGACUGUAAACAAUAGCCCGGCCCGCGGCGCCCCGCUCGGGGUCGCCUUUGUUCGGCGGCGCGGCUCCCGGCAGCGCUCCGGCCGCGGCCCGAGGGAAAUCCUUGCCCUCAUCUGUCCAGGGGCACCUGGCUGGUUUUGUCCUACUGCUGAAAGCAAGUAAUGGAGUGAAAGAACAGGUGCCAGCAUUUGUGUAUAACAACAAAUUAAACCAACUGCAUGCUUUCAGCUUAGGUGGGAGAAGAACUUCACCUGUGCCUGAGAGAGCUCCCAGGAAGGCAAGUUGAUGUGUGAAUCUCACAGAAACGUCUCUUAGUAACUUAAAAUUAAGUACGGACAGAAUUCCUGUUGUUUCUUUCCCCUGUGAAAAAUACUGAAUUUGGAACUGACUUUCCCCCAUAUUGUUACUUAAAGCACAACCAGGAGGGAAGAUUGCUGCUUUGAAGAAAUCUGAAGAUGAGCGCCCACACACAGACUGCAGAGAAGGGCCAGAACACGGCCCUGCUCUGCCAGGAGAGCUACGUUUGCAGUGGGACAGAUGAAGCAGUCUUUGAGUGUGAUGAGUGCAGGAGCUUGCAGUGCCAGCGCUGUGAAGAGGAGCUGCACCAGCCAGAAAGGCUGCGGAACCAUGAACGGACCCGCAUAAGGCCUGGCCAUGUCCCUUACUGUGACUCCUGCAAAGGUGCCAAUGGGAACAUCAUGCACUCCAGCAUGACGGGAUCAAGGCAGAUAGCAGCGGUGAGGUGCCAGGUGUGCAAAAUCAACCUCUGUGUAGAAUGUCAGAAGAGAACGCAUGCUGGGGGGAACAGGAGGAAGCACCCUAUCACCGUGUACCAUGCUGGCAAAGCCCAGGAGCAGGAAGAGGAGGAGAUGGAUGAGGAGACCAGGAGAAGGAAGAUGGCUGAGAAAGUUGUGAGUUUCCUCUUGGUGGAUGAAACUGAGGAGAUUCAGGUAAGGAAUGAGGAAGACUUUAUUAAGAAACUGGACUGUAGUCCUGACCAGCAUCUAAAGGUAGUGUCCAUCUUUGGGAACACAGGGGAUGGCAAGUCUCACACCCUUAACCACGCUUUCUUCUAUGGCCGGGAAGUCUUCAAGACAUCUCCAGCCCAAGAGUCCUGCACGGUCGGAGUCUGGGCAGCCUAUGACCCUGUCCGCAAAGUGGUGGUAAUUGAUACAGAGGGCCUCCUGGGGGCCACCGUGAACCUCAGCCAGAGAACACGGCUGCUGCUGAAGGUCCUGGCCAUCUCUGACCUUGUCAUCUACCGUACUCGUGCUGACAGGCUCCACAAUGAUCUCUUCAAAUUUCUUGGUGAUGCCUCAGAGGCUUAUUUAAAACAUUUCACCAAGGAGCUAAAAGCUACCACAGCCCGGUGUGGCCUAGAUGUUCCUCUGUCAACUUUGGGUCCAGGUGUCAUCAUCUUCCAUGAGACUGUGUACACCAAGCUACUGGGCUCUGAUCAUCCUUCUGAAGUUCCUGAGAAGCUCAUUCAAGAUCGGUUUCGGAAGUUAAGCUGUUUUCCUGAAGCUUUCAGCUCAAUUCAUUACAAGGGAACAAGGACAUACAAUCCCCCAACAGAUUUCUCUGGACUUAGGCGAGCUGUGGAGCAGCAGCUGGAGAACAAUACAACUCGGUCACCUAGACAGCCUGGUGUUAUCUACAAAGCAUUAAAGGCUCUAAGUGACCGGUUUAGUGGGGAAAUCCCUGAUGACCAGAUGGCUCAUAGCUCUUUCUUUCCAGAUGAAUAUUUCACGUGCUCCUCUGUGUGUCUCAGCUGUGGGUGUGGCUGUAAGAAGAGCAUGAACCACACAAAGGAAGGAAUCCCUCAUGAAUCCAAAAGUCGAUGCAGAUACUCUCACCAGUAUGACAACAGAGUCUAUACUUGCAAGGCUUGCUAUGAACGAGGAAUGGAGGUUAGCGUGGUGCCAAAGACCUCUGCUUCCACUGACUCACCUUGGCUAGGCCUUGCCAAGUAUGCUUGGUCAGGAUAUGUGAUUGAGUGCCCCAACUGUGGAGUGGUGUACCGCAGCCGACAGUACUGGUUUGGCAACCAAGAUCCUGUAAAUACUGUGGUGAGGACAGAAAUUGAACAUGUCUGGCCAGGGACGGAUGGCUUUCUGAAAGACAACAACAAUGCGGCCCAGCGUUUACUGGAUGGGAUGAAUUUCAUGGCACAAUCAGUAUCUGAACUUAGCCUGGGACCCACGAAAGCUGUGACCUCUUGGUUGACAGACCAGAUUGCCCCGGCUUACUGGAGACCCAACUCUCAGAUCCUGAGUUGUAAUAAGUGCAACACGCCUUUUAAAGAUAAUGACACUAAACAUCACUGCCGGGCCUGUGGAGAGGGCUUCUGUGAUGGCUGUUCUUCCAAGACCCGUCCUGUGCCUGAGCGAGGCUGGGGACCAGCACCAGUGCGCGUGUGUGACAACUGCUAUGAAAACAGGGGCAUCCAGUUAGAUGUGGCUGAGCUGCCUUCAGAUGAAGAAGGGGGCACACUUAUUGCCAGGAAGGUGGGGGAAGCUGUGCAGAACACUCUUGGAGCAGUGGUGACAGCCAUGGACAUUCCCUUAGGUCUGGUAAAAGAUGCUGCUCGACCUGCAUACUGGGUACCAGACCAUGAAAUCCUGCACUGCCACAACUGCCGGAAGGAAUUCAGCAUCAAGCUCUCCAAACACCACUGUCGGGCCUGUGGCCAGGGAUUCUGUGAUGAGUGCUCUCAUGACCGCAGAGCGGUUCCUUCUCGUGGAUGGGAUCACCCAGUCCGAGUCUGCUUUAACUGCAAUAAAAAGCCUGGUGACCUUUAGCCCCAGGCUCAUCUCCAGAUCUUUGCAAUUCCUUAUGUUCUCAGGGUUACAAAUGAAAAUGUUUGGUCUCCCUUUCACUUCUUAACCUUUUGCAGCCAGAGUGCAUGUUUCCAGUCUUUGGCCUCCUCUCAUGUAUUAUAUCCAUCUUGGAAUGCUGGGAAUGAACUUCAGUUCAGCUGUUAGGUUUUAAUUUCAAACUAACUGGGGAAGGGAAGGAGCUCCCUUGUAAAUGAGCAAACCAAAAUCCAGUAUAUCUUAUUCCAAUUUAGCUAUAUAUGUAUAUCUAUAUAUAGGUAUAAUUUAGCAUAUUAAGAAUGCAGUUGGCUAAUGAAGCUUUGAGUAUUCCUAGUUCAAAUGAUGGAUGAUGGUGUUCCUUGCUAUGUUGAAUCAGAUGUACAGCCUUCUGAUUCUGCUUCUGGAAUGUCUUUCUGAUCAUGAUGCUACGUGAGGAAGGUCUGGACUCCGUGUUGCCAGGAAAUCACAGGUAUCUCCAACGCUGAUUGUAUGAAUUACACCUGGUAAUUCAAGCAACCCUGCAUCUGGAUGUGCCGUGCUCCUGGCUGUUCAUUAGAAGGUUUGUUUGAGCUAUGAUAAGAACAGUGGUCUUGCAGUGCAAGAGGUAUUAAGUUGAAAUGACCCUCUGGUAGAGACCAGUAGAGCUUUUAAAGGUAAAGCAAAUCAUAUGGCACAAGGCAAAGCAUUCUGAGUUUGCCAUUUUGACUUCAAUACCAGAUCAAAAGGUAGCAGGGUCUUGCUCUCCCUGGCAGUGUUCUCAUAUACUCAGGUUUUUUUUUUUCAGGUUUGCCAGCUUGUUGCAAUUAAGUUUUGUACAGAGCAGAACAAGAGAACAAGUUGUGUAGGCAAUUCUGAGAUAAGAAGUUUGAUUUGCUUGGGUUGUGAUUUUUCUUUUUUUCCCACUUUUGAAAAAGAUCUCUGAUUCUAUGGAACCUCUGGGUUCUCAGACAUGGUUGUAUAGAAAAUGCACAGAUUUGACAUACUUUUUUUUCUAGUAAUAUGAACUUACGAAUCCACCUGGAAAAUGGGAACCUUUCUUCUUUGCUCCUAGCAACUGGCACUCACUGGACUUCAUCCUUUUAUUAAAGGACCGCAUUGAAUUCACUGAUUUUUUUUUUUUUUUUUUUUUUGUUAUCAAAACCACGACUUAACCUAAUUAAUACUGUCUUGUACUGUGGAUUUGUGGUUCCAGUUAUAAGAAGUAAGAGACCAUUGUGGAUUGAACUGCCUAAAAUUAUUUGUUGUUGGCUUAUAUAGUCAAGAAUACUUCUACCACAGGAGACUUGUCUCUUCUUGGAGUGGCUGGAGUUUGAUGCAAUGUCCUGAAACUGUGGUAUUUUUUCCCCAGCUUAUUAAAUGUGCUCUUGUGUAGAUGAGUGCCCAACAACCUGUUUUAGGCCUGUAUUAUUAAAUUAACUGCUAUAAAAGACUUUAUCUUCUGAACAAGCAUUCUGACUUUUUCCUUGUAAGGAGUAGUUCUCACUUGUCUCUGAAAGAAUGUACAGUGAUUGCCCCUUCGCAACUACAUCCAGCCUGCGCAUGGAAGUAGAUCUGAAGAUUUCCAGGACACCUUCUGUACUGACCAAGUUUUCUGGGGACUAUCUAACAUUUUAAUAAGCAAAGUCUGCCAUAAACUGACAGUUGCCCAACAUAGGGCACGAGCAGGUAGAAAUCCUCUCUUUAAAACACAUUCUGCACAUCCAGCAUAAUUGUGUGCUUCAAAGUCGUCUUAUUAUUUUAAUGGGCGAGCAAUUGUUCUUGGUUUGUAGGCUGUGCCCUGUGUGCUGUUUAUGCAUGAGCCUUUACUAUCAUGUUAAUGCACAAAGAAAGCAGCCAUGACAUUCCUUGUAUAAAAUUGUUGGCAUCUGUUUCAA